CCUUAUUCAUACGACGGAUUUACGAACACGUUCGCGCCAUGUUAAGCUCCAAGAUGUUGGAAAAACUAUUUUUAACAGUCUUAGCAGUGACCUCAAUAAUUCCCCUUUGUCAUGGAUUUAUUAAAGAGUCUAAUACUAUUUUAACCACCGCUGAUAAUGUCGCAAACUCAAAUAACUCUUUGCUAAUAUCAAAACUGAAGAUGGGAAAUUUUUCUGUGCUGUCGUAUUAUGCGAGGCAGAAUGAAGACGUUCAAAACGAUACUUCAUCAAAUAGACGGUGUACCUGUUCACUAGGGAUCUGCAAAUGCUGUACUGGCUACGUUCUCGAUCUCUUCAAGCAGAAGGCUUGUAUGAAAGUAACUUAUCACCCUGGAGAUUUCGCUUUCGAUGUCGCCAUGUCACUUAACGACCGUGUACUCUAUGAAGAUUCCAUGUCAGGCAAGAACCCAAAACCAAUAUGUAUAAAUCCACCAAGAAUGCCAAACUUAAAAGUAUGCGGUCGCUUCUACAACGUCUUUUUUCCUGGCAGAAACUUUCACUUUUGCUUAGCAAUGAAUGGAAAAUGGAGACAGCUGGAGCUAUUUAAUUUUGUAUUUGACUGUUUAAGAAUGGGGGCAAAUGGUCUCGCAAUGAUUAAACCUGAAGAAAACGGAGGUCUUCCUAUUCCAAACCCACAAGGUGGUGUUGAUGCUGUAAUAGAUGCUGGUGAUGAUGAUAUUGAAGAAUAUGAUGAACAGAAUAUUGUCCGGUCUCUUCUUGAAAUCUUUGAUGAAUAAAUUACGCAUAAACUUUGAAUAAUAAGGAUAUUUCAUUGUGUGUAUUAAUAUUAUUUAGUUAUAGUUUGUAAAAUUACUAACUUAUUUAUUUUAAUUUAAUAAAUUAUUGAGCUGU